AUGGGCGCGCUGCCGCGGGCGGCACCCCCUACGCACAGCUACCUGCGGCUGCAGCCGCCCAGCGCCGUAGCGGCCGCAGCGGCGGCGGCCGCGGCUCCCGCCCUGGUCGCCGGCACCGCUGCGGCGCAGGCGUACGCCCUGCCGGCUCUGAUCAAGGCCGCCGGCGUAUUCGUGCUCUGCUGCGCCGGCGCCGCACUGCUGCUCGCCGCCAUCCCGGUGCUGCUGGCCGCGGCGCGCGCCGCGCACCGCGCCGAAGCCCUGCUGCGGACGAUCGAGGCGGAGAUUCCAGACACCAUGGCGUCCAUGCGGCUGUCAGGCAUGGAGCUGUCGGACUGCCUGACAGAGCUGGGGGCGCUGGGCAGCGACCUGAUCGGUGGCGUGCGCGCGUCCGCGCGCAUGCUGAGCGCAGCCGAGCAGGGCGUGAGGGCUGCGCCGGCCGCGGUCGCGCGCGUGGUCACGCCCGCCAUCGCCUCUACUGAGUCACGGGCGCGAGCUCGGCGCCGCGCUGCGAGGCGCGACCGCCGCCGCCGCCCGCACGCGCCGCGGGCUGGCGGCCGUCGACUUUGCGGCGGCGGCGCUCAGGGCGGGCGCGGCGGUGCGGGGGUUGCUGGAUGA